UGUCCAUACACAACAACCUGGAUCUCAGCUAUUUGAAGUCCUCCUCCCCCUCUCCCGCUCUUUCUUUCUCUCUCAACCCCUGUCCCUCUUUACACACAAAUAGCCUACUCUCUCCCUCACUCAGACUUUCUCUCGCCCAUUCUCUCUCUCUCUCUCUUCAUACUUGGCCGAGCUCAAAAGAAGGGGACAUAACAGAAUGAAAGGAGAUGGAUUUUUCGACGAGAUGUGAGGGGAAAGGUGAAAUUAGCAACUCUUAGCCUACGUUGCCCCUAUGUGAAACGACAAUCUUAAUUGUUCAACAGAAUGAAUGAAUAAGAGCGGCGUCUAUCAACAAGGCUUGACUCCUUCUAAAGCCCCAAUGGAGCAGGAUGUGGAGAGUCCGGCAAUCACCAUCCGAAAGGCCAAGCUCCCCAAGCAAGCCUGUGAGGACCUGCCCAAGCAGCUGGGGGACCAGGUGCGAGCAAAGAGGAAGAUUCAGCGGUAUGUCCGUAAGGACGGCAAGUGUAAUGUCCACCAUGGCAACGUCCAGGAGACCUAUCGGUACCUAACGGAUAUCUUCACCACACUGGUGGACCUCAAGUGGAGGUUCAACCUCUUCAUCUUCGUCUUGGUGUACACAGUGACGUGGCUUUUAUUCGGCUUCGCGUGGUGGCUCAUCGCCUAUGUCCGUGGUGACCUGGAACACAUAGGGGACAACCAGUGGACUCCCUGUGUCAAUAACCUCAAUGGGUUUGUCUCAGCCUUUCUCUUCUCCAUAGAGACAGAGACCACCAUAGGGUAUGGCUAUAGGGUUAUAACAGACCAAUGCCCAGAGGGGAUCCUUCUGCUGUUGAUUCAGUCGGUGCUGGGGUCCAUAGUUAAUGCCUUCAUGGUGGGCUGCAUGUUUGUUAAGAUCUCGCAGCCCAAGAAGCGGGCGGAGACGUUGGUAUUCUCUACCAACACUGUCAUCUCCAUGAGGGAUGGCCGGCUGUGCCUGAUGUUCAGGGUGGGGGACCUUCGGAACUCGCACAUCGUGGAGGCCUCCAUCAGGGCCAAGCUGAUCAAGUCCAAGCAGACCAAGGAAGGGGAGUUCAUACCCCUCAACCAGACAGACAUGAAUGUGGGUUAUGACACAGGGGACGACAGGCUCUUCCUGGUGUCCCCGCUCAUCAUCUGUCAUGAGAUCAACCAGAACAGUCCCUUCUGGGAGAUCUCCCAGGCCCACCUGGACAAAGAGGACCUGGAGAUCGUGGUCAUUCUGGAGGGCAUGGUGGAGGCUACAGGGAUGACUUGCCAGGCCAGGAGUUCGUAUGUGACCAGCGAGAUAAAGUGGGGCUACCGCUUCAUGCCGGUGCUCACCCUGGAGGAUGGCUUUUACGAGGUGGACUACAACAGCUUUCACGACAUCCACGAGACCAACACCCCCAGCUGCAGCGCCCGAGAGCUGGCUGAGAUUAAUUGCCGCAUCCACCUGCCCUUCACCUGGUCUGUGGCCAGCAAGCUCAGCCAGCAGGGGGUGCUGGAGCCCGAGGGCCGCGAGAAGAAGCAUACUACACUGGUAACCCAGGAAGAGGGGCUAGAGGAGCAGACAGAGAGGAACGGUGACAUUGCUAAUAUAGAGAGCGAGUCCAAAGUGUAGAGGGGAGAGAACUUAGGCCAGAGGGGCUGUGUGGGGCUUACUGUGGUGUCUCUACUCCUCAUGGCUGUCUGACCAGGUGAGCUGGUCCCAGGUCAAAGGUCAGGGCCAGGGCAGAAAAAUGGGGAACCUGAGUUCAAGGAUGGUCUGGUCCUAGGAACCCUGCAACAAGGACAGCUUUAGCCCUAAACAGGUCAUUUGCCCCCCAAAGAUAGAUGGUACAUGACAAUGGCUGGACUGAAAAGCUCUGUAAUUGCAUGUUUUGAUAACAUCGUUUUUUUCUUGAAGAUAUCAAUUAAUAUUAUUUCGGUUUUUUUAUUCAAAGAUUAAAACCUAUACAUAUAAACAUAUAUAUUCUAGGAUAUUUGUAUUUGUAUUUUUUGUACAUACUAUCUGUUAUGUUGCCAAAGUGUGAAUAUUUGACAAGAAGAUGUUUGAUACUGAUUAAUUUAGACCAGGUCUGUACAUAUUCUAUGCCUUAUGUACAAAGCUUUCCUUACAUUAGAGUUUUAAGAAAUAUAUAAGCAUGUACAAAAACUCACUGUAGUUAAUUUAUUAUAUAUUGUGUACAUAUGAGAAUAAUGGUGAUUGUAAUAGGCAUGACAAUAUAACUCUUAUUAACAAUUCUGGAUGAAAGCCCUAUAGAAUAUUCAGCCUGGCCUAAUGGACUAGUUACUUUAGACAGAAUGUAGGGAGGUUGGUUGGGGAGGAUGGGUAGGCAUAAUACGCAUCCUUCUAACAAAUCCACAGGUUGCGUGUUCAGGUUGCGUCUGGGACAACUGUAGCAUUUUAGCUAAAACAUCUCCUAACCAUUUUCUUAGCUUAUGCCAAUUCACCUGACCUGCUGCGUAAAGUUGCCUAACCUUUGUUGUUUUAGUUCUCCUAACCUUUUAACGUAAAUGUCCUAACCUUUGUUAGUUCCCUUAACUGCCAGCAUAAAUUAUCUUUAUAAUUCUUCUACUGGUGCAACAAGCAACCUGGUCUCAGAGGAGGACGUCAUCCAAGAUACGUUAUCCAAGCAGCAGAACGUUUAUUUUAUACUAAUACAAUUGCUCAGAGAAAUAUUUUAUUUAUAAGUAAUACAAAAAAUAUAAAAAAGAAAGGAGUAAAAAUUGGCACGACACUGAGCCUUUCUCUAAAAUGUUUUAUGAGAUUGGAGAACAUGAUGGGAGGGAUCUUAGACCAUUCCACCUUACAGAAUCUUACCAAAUCCUUGAUAUCCUUCAUCUGCUCCUAUGGACUGACCUCUUCAAUUCAAACCACAGGGUUUUCAAGUCCUGGCAGAGGCAUCCGGGUUUUAGGCUAAAAUGUCCUGGUACUUGGUAAAGUUCAUGAUGCCUUUAACCUUAACAAGGGCCACAGGACCAGUGGAAGCAAAAUAGCCCCAUAAGAUGAAGCACUUUUCUCCAUAUGCUUCCGUUUUUCGACGCCAAAUCCACCGCUGGUGUGCAUGGCCAAAGAGCUCUAUUUUCAUGUCAUCUGACUAUAGCACUGCCUGGAGUUUGCUAAACGGAAUUGGCACUUGGAUUGGAACCGGUGAGAAACAUGCUCACUUUUCUAAUAUGAAGGACAGGCUUCCAUCUUUCAAUGUGUCUCUGAAGUGAACCCCACUGUAGUGUCCGGCCCAUAGCGGACAAAUGAAAGCACACUGGUACUACGAAAGAAGCCAUGUGAGGGGAGCUUGGGGAAGAGCAUCAAGGCCUACUCUAGCACCUUUAAUUUAACUAAGUGCAGCCCGAGGGUGUUCAUUUUCUUCUUUUUACAUAUUUAGACCUAUUUAUUUCUGCUGCAAAACUAAGUUUCUAAAAGCAAUUUCUUUGUGUUUCCGGCAAAAUGUUUGAUUUGAAAUAAAACAGUGUAAUGUAACCUUACAAUGUUAUCACUUUACAAAAUGGUUCUAUUGCUUGUGCUGAAGAUCCAUAUACAGGGCUCAGACAGCUACAGUGUGUAAUUUUGUUACUGCAGAACGUUCUAGCUCUGCAUGUCACCGAUAGCACACCUGUAUAACUUUGGCUUCUAUGUGUCAAUGAAAAACAUUUGGGUAACACUUAUUAAGUUACCCAUAUACAACGCAGUUAGUCUAUAGCUAAUUAAAUGUUUUUAUUUGUGAUCCAUAUUUGUUACAGGUGUAGGUACUGUGAAGUUAUUGGUAAUUAAUCAGAUGUUAUCAAAGGGGUAGAUAUUUCAGCUAUGUGGUAUUUCAACAGCUUAAUGUAAAGCGUUAUAAACAUGCAGGCAUCAUUGUUUAAUCUGACUUCUGUCCAAUCGCUGAACAAAGAUUGAACGAAAAAGACAUGUUUAUUAUAUCGACUCUUUUAUUUGACUGUUUGUAUUCAUUUGUAAUUAUUAAUUGUAUUAGGUUAUAUUUUCAACAUUACACUGAAUUGCAAAAUACUGGUUCAUAAAUCAUCUUCGAUAAU